AUGGCUGAUCGAAGUCAACUGUGGGGCGGAAGAAGCUCUCGAAUGCGUCAAACUACGGAGCUCAGUGGACGUCGACGUCACGACCAACAGCGCCUUCUAGUUGAACUCGAGCUGGACGACUCGCUGUAUCAAGGCGCCAUACGAGCAGGUACAGAAUUGUACCCUGGUGGUAGGAGAUCUAGUGCUGGGGACUCACAUCACCGUCGACAAGUUCAUCCUUACGCUAUCGCGGAACCAAAGCCGCGUUUACAAGCAAGAUCUACUAGAGAUGCAACGACCAAGCCACUAAGUGAGCGUCAGAUGCAUCAAGCUCCUGCCAGACGCCUUGCGAGUCCAUACAAGCUGAAGCAGCAAGUUCUAGGCUCUCGCAAUGAUUCAAUGGCUCAGCGUUCUCAGCAAUCGACACAGCGGAUAAUGCGUUCGUCCCUGUUGGAGCAGUCACCUGCUCAACUUGUGAUCGAGUCUGUCCGACAGAACAUCCACUUGCGCGACCAAGUGAUGGCACAUUUACAACAGGAACUGAUGGGAGUGUUGCCUUUACAUCGAGCAUCUCAUGUGGAGAAAAAUGUGCCGCAGCGAGUGGUGAAGCUGCUCAACAGGAUGCGUAGUCUGUCGCUCGCAGUGGUGGAAGCAGUGGUGUAUUUGAGCAGCGAACUUGACGCGUCAAGUAUAAUUAACAAAAGCUUCGAGAACGAGAUUCUGGAGCAGGAUUUCUAUGGAUACUUGCUGCAAAUGGCGUCGUCGGAUACGGAUUUUCUAGCGUGUUCACCUCAACUCCAGCGCUUCUUUGAAGACUUUGACGUGAGCUUGGCAAGAAACCCGUUCUUGGAUGGAUUGUCGUUGGAUUCGUCCGAGGUUUUACUUUGUGCUUGUCAUCAAAGUGCUUCGUCGGGUGGAUUAUUCUGCUCUGCAUCGUCUUCCUCGUCGUCACUGCUGAGAUUAUUGACGCACAAGCUCGAGACCUUCGCGCUCCAGACGCAACGAUAUCUUCCAGGCUGGCAGGUUUUACCCGCUCAGCGUGUAGCGGCGGCAUUAUUACAUCUCAUGGAUCUGGAAACCCGCUCGAAAGCUGUUCAGAUGCUGCCUAGAUAUCUGCAAUCGCACAGUGGCUACAGGAGCCACUUGCAGAAGCAUAUUCAGCAGCACGGACCGGAUGAGACUUCCCAUAACUAUGGUACUUUUGAAGAUGAUAGGAUACGGCGGUUGGAUCAACGAAGAGAUCGUAGAAAUGACGAGCCACCUCGAAGGGAACUAUCUGUCAUGGAAGCAUGGACUGGUCCAGCAGAAGCAAACGUUGCAUUACCGUCCGACGUAAGAUCAAGAGUUCCAGCCCCUAAAAUGCCUUCUGAAGACUCGGUUAGAGGGACUUCGAACAAGGCGGGAUGGACACAAUUGCCAAGUCCUAAAAACCCAGGCGCUGUGAAAUCAGAUUCACCAGCAUCAAAUAGAACGCCUGCUGCAACUGAUAGCACUGGAGUUGCGGAUACCAAUGUGGAACAUACUCGACUCGUCCCGCCAUUAAACAUGGCCGCAAUGGCAAAAUCCUCUAGUAGAAGCAACUCGUCUGAAAAAUCUGCUUCCAAAAAGAAAAGCAGAAUUGCUAAGGCAUCUGUCGUUGAUGCUGGAAUCCAGAUGAGUCAACCAAACACACCAACGGCGGCAGCAACGCAAACAUCGAGCAGAUCAGUACGAAGUACUUCCGAGUGGUCAGUGCAUGAUGAAGGCAAUAGAAGCGAGAUGAAGCCAUCCAUCCAAGUCAUUGGAAACACAGACUCACGGCGAGACGCCAAUGUACCAGCAUCAAACGGCGAGGACCUGGAUCACGAGGAAGCCGAAGCUUUACCUGUUGUAGAUCCUUUGGCUUUACCACGUGAUACAGUAGAAAGACGGCUGAGUCGUUUAGUCAGCGCUAUGGAAACUCCAGCUACUGAUCCUCAAGUCGAGUGCGAGGCAGAAGGCAUCCGUGAAGCUGAAACAACUGAUGACAAGGGGUACGAGUGCGACUUUGAGUACUCGUCCAACUCGGCGUUAUCCAGUAUCGCGAUGGCAUUGCAAAUGCUGCCGAAUUUCUCGCUUUCGACCACGGAAUCCCCGCGAGCCGAUGAAGUACUGGCCCCCGAAGAAGCAAUACCGCUCAUUGAACCUGUGAGCGUACAAUCAAGUGAAACAGAUGGGCAUGGCUCUGCUGUUAUUGACAGCACUGGCGUACUAAUCGCGAGUGCAGCUCAGUUAAUUGACAGGGGUAGAUCUUCACUGCUCGAGCUUGGUAUCUCUCUGGGAAAUAGUCGAACUGAACCGGAAAGCGUCGACCAAAGAGUAGGAGCACCUCCUUCAGUAGAUGAUGAGUUCGCGUACUCAUCAACCAUUGCUCUCUCGAAUAUUGCGAUGGCUCUGAGUCUACUGCCUGGUGUCUCGAGAGAUGACAUCUUUUCCGUCCCUGAAGCUCACGAUACGGAUUCCCUCAGUACUUACCGAUCGAUCGUAUCUCGACUGGAAGAACCUAAUAUCGAAGACUCAAUGGAGGAGAUUCCGAAUCACCAUUCUUCGUUAUCAGCUCGAAGCAACAUAUCUGUGGAGAUCAACGACCAGCCGAUUCUUCUGCUUCCUUUCUCAUCUCAUAACUAUGAACUGGCAAGUGACAGAACCGCGAAUUCAUCCCCUAUAUCCUCGCGAAGUAAUUCCUCGGUGACGACACAAGAUCGAGCGAUGAAUUUACCGCCUGCUUCAUCACGAACUCAUCUUCCAGCAUCGAGUCACCAAGACAGUGAAAGCGAAGGCUCUGGGCUUAACCGAAUCUUCUCGCUCUGUCGAGAUAUUCAAGUGGCAGCAAUCGACAUGAGUCACUGGGUCUCUCAACGCGAGGUGGAGAACCAUAUUCAGUCCGUUGCACAGCCAUACUCGUCGCUCAUGGGCUACUCCUCACCCACCGCAAAUACCAAGACAGAUAACGCUCCUAAAUACCUGGAACGUGAGCUGAAAAUGUUGCGAAGGAACCUUACGUCGUGGAAAAGUUGGGUCAUUGAUCACAAGCGAGCCAAACUGAUUGUACGCAGAUUAGUGGCAAGGCGGAAAGUCCGUCAGUUUGUGCGUCAUCACUACAGGAGACGCGUACAGGCUCGAAUCGACCAAGAGAUUCGUUGUCGAUUCGUCGCAGUAUCGCGAAUACAACGGAAUUGGAUGAUAUACUCCCACAAUUUGCAGAUUUCUAGACGUAAAGCUGAUUUUUGUGCGCUUCACUUGGCAUUUUAUCGUACGCUGUUCUUCGUGGGGAUCUCAAGACGACGACGUCGACGUGAAGAUGCAAAGGAGAGAAUUGUGCGCUGGUGGAGACAUCAACGCUUCCGUAUUAAGAAGAAGAAACAGCGACAGGAAAAACUUCUUCGAGAACGAGAGCGACGAGUACGAGCUCUGAGGGAUAUUCAGAAGUUUUUGAUGGAAAUUAUACUGCGUCGCAAGCUGAAAGCGACUCAGGAGAUAGCCAAGAAGAUUUUGUUCAAGGAACAACUUAAGUGGACCAAGGCGAAGCGAGAUAUGGAGAGGAACAUGAGACUCGAUUCCAAGCAUCGAAUCGAAUUAAUUGCCGAUAUGAACGCGAGGUUCGCAGAUCUCGAUCACAAGUGGAAAGCGUCGGAAUACGAGCGACUGCUGCUGUUAACACACCACGAGCGGGUGGUACAGCAGCAGCAACAAGCUGUUGAGGUACGAAAGAGACGACUGGCAGCGCUGAAGAUUCAGAUGUUCUUCCGAGUUUGUCUUCUACACGAGAAGCUGCAACGAGUUGAAAUGGAGAAGAAAGAAUAUGAACUCAAGUUUAAAAAUGAGCUGCUGACCAAGGAGAAGCUGGACGUCGAGAGUCAGCAGCGUAUCGGCAAGAUUCGCACACAGGUUCGAGUACUGGAGCGGAAAAUCAACCGAAUGGCACGAGAAGCUACUCAAACUGACGCUAGCCACCGUCAAGUCGUCCAAUCUCAUCAAGAACGUGAAAGAAUCUCUCAAGAGCGCGCAGCUCGACAGAAAAUCAAGGCUUUAAUUGAAGCUCGGACGCUGUCCAGGAGAGCAGAACGUGAACGACGCAGCCUCUUGCUAAACCAAGCACGACUGCUAGCAGAGAAGACUGAAAGUGAGUUUAUGUCAAGUGAAGAUCAGCUGGAGCAGCGUCGAAGUGCUGUAUCGAUCGCUUUUGGCCUCAAGCAGCGUUUGUCCGAGAUGGAAACUCGAUCCCAGGCUCUGCAAGCAGCUAGGGAUCAAUUGGCAGCAGAGAAGGAGAAGGAGGCUAGACAAGCAGUAGAGGCCUUGGAACACGGUAGAGUUCAAGCCAGUAUGCACCUGAUAGCGUCUUGGGUUUCAGGCCAAGUUCUGCUCUCUAAACUUCACAAGGAAAAGGCUGCAAUCAGUGCCUUAGCAGUUCAAGAAUUGGAGCAGGAGAAGCAGAAACAACGCCAAGCGAUUGAAGCGAAGAACAGCGAAAUCUCGUCCAUAAAGGCGUCAAACUUCAUGCAUCAACGCAUCAACCAGCAGCGGAACAACAAAACAGUGGAAAUGAUCCGGAUACAGCACAAACAGAAGGCAGCGCUGGAGAAAUCUAUCGCUGGACGUACGCGUGCUCAACUUGUGCAAAUCAUCAUCGACGUGAAGCUACUGACUGAGCGUGAGACUAGCAGAGGCAUCGCUCAAGGUGUUGCCAGUGUGACGCAGUUCUACAAAGCGCAAUUACACAAAUUUGCGAGGUUGGAACAUUUACGGAAUGUGAGUUGUGCCCGGAAAAUUCAACGAGUUUGGCGGCAAUGGAGAAGAAUCAAACGUGCGCAAGAACUAGAGCUGGCUCAACUAGAAGAAAACAAGCGACGAUGGGUAUUAGCUCGAAGAAUUCAACUGUGGUGGAGGAAGUGGCUUCAAAGACGGCAAGAACAACUGCGCGUCUUUAAUGCUCACUUGGAAGCCAUUCGAGUUCGAGCCAAUGCACGUAAAAUCCAAGGAAUGUGGAGGCGAUGGAUCCGACGUGAGCGAGAGCGAAAACUUCAAGAACAAUUAGCUUUUGAUGCGCAUCUGGAUGCGAUUUGUAUUCGAGCUAAUGCGCGGAAAAUCCAGGGAGUUUGGCGACGUUGGGUGAAGCGAGAGCAAGAGCGAAGACGGGUUUUCUAUGAACAUCUGAAAGGGAUACGGCAAAGAGCUAGUGCUUGUAAGAUUCAAGCUGCGUGGAGACGAUGGAUCCAAGGCGAGCGAGCUCGAAGACACGUGCAGCGAUUAGCCUUUGAAGCACAGCUGAAAGUUCUUCGUAUUGCAGCCAAUGCGCGAAAGAUCCAACGAGUGUGGAGAAGCUGGGUCAAAUUUGAUUGUGAACGGAGGCAACAACAACAACUUGAGUUUAAUGAGCACCUCAAGUCGAUACGAGAACGAGCCAACGUGCGUAAAAUCCAGAGAGUAUGGAGAAAAUGGGCCGAAAAGAAGAAGAAGCUGAGGGAACAAAGACGUGCUCGCCGUCUUGUAUUCUCAAGCGUUCUCCGAAUUCAAAGGUGGUGGAGAAAGUGGAGAAAGAAGCAGCGAGUGAAGGCAACUCGGACCCGAAUCAUGCACAACGCGUGCGCUCAAGUGAUCCAAAAGCAGUGGAGAAGGUGGCACCGAUCGAGGAUAGCCAAGCGAGAAAGACAGCGGCUUCGGAUUCAGCGAAAACAUUGCGUUAGAAAGCUCCAAAGAUGUUGGCGACAGUGGAUCGACUGGAAACAUCGACGAGAGGAAAGCGCUAAAAGAAUUCAGACACGCUGGGAGAAGUGGCAAAAGCAUAAGGCGGAAGUUGAACGUGUACAGAACGAACAAAAGAUGGCGGUUGAACAGAUCCAGCGAAAUUGGCGUCAAUGGCUAUGCAGACGACAGUAUAUGGAGAACAAGACACGAAAGCAGAAGGAAAAACGUGAAAUUCUAGCAGUUGGACGGAUUCAAAACGUCUGGAGACGAUACCGUCAGCGAUUGUUAAAGAAAGCGGAACGAGAACAACAAGAAAAAGAUGAGCGUGCAGUUGCGUUAAGAAUUCAGCAGAAUUGGACAGGGAAGCUAUUCCGGAAAAAUAAGCAGGAAGCUGAACGUAAACGGCAUCUUGGAGCUCGACGAAUUCAAGGCAAUUGGCGUCGAUGGCAGUGUCAAAAAGAAGCGAAACGAGAUAGGCAGCGAGCUGUAGAAAACCAGCGUGUUAGUGCCAUGAAGCUUCAGCGGAGGUGGAAGAAUUGGCACUUGUCUCGACAAGAACAGGAAAGGCGAGUUCAAGAGCAAGAAUAUCGGACUGCUGCAGUUUUGAUCAUUCAAAGCCAAUGGAGAACACAUCAUGCUACUGUUUUGAAGACCAUAGAAGAGGAGAUAUCUCAACAGGAUGAUGAACAUCUACGGCAGGAGAACGUCGCGAAUGCGUUGAAAAUCCAAACGUUUUGGCGUAAUAAGCGCAAGCAGCUGGAUAAACAACGAGAGAGUGAACAAGUAAGACAGACUCGAAACACUAGCUCUUUGACAAUCCAACGGAACUGGGGGAUUCGACAACACCGACGUAAAAUGGAUCGACAGCGUAUUCAGCACGAGCAGCACAUGGCUGCGCUGAAAAUUCAGACACGGUGGCUCACAUGGCAUCACGAACAGCAAGAAGAACUCGAGCGAGAACGCAUUCAACAGGAGCAAGACGAGAGCUGUUUAAAAAUUCAACGGAACUGGGUGAUUUCACAUCAGAGGCGUAAAGUAGUCCAAGAGCGUCUUCGCCACAAACAAAAUUUAAAUGCGCUAAAGAUACAAAAGCACUGGAGAAGGUGGCGACAUCUGCGUCUUGAACAGAGAACUAGAAGCAUAGGUGACGAUACGCAGAAGCCACGAAAUAGCGUGACAACGGAACCACAACAUGACUCAAAACAAGCUGGAAAUGAUUUAGAGCGUCAGCAAAAAGUGGAGAACAUCACGCAGCGAUCCUGUGGUCGGUGUAUCGUACGUGCAGUCAAGAGAUACCUUCAGAGUCAAAGGGAGGCGAGAGCAGCAACUAAAAUUGAGGCGAUCUGGAAAGGUUGGCUGUAUCGGAUUCAGUAUUUGCAAGCAAUUGAAGCGAAACACGCCGAGGAAGUUCGUCAGUACCAACUGAUGAUCUCAGUGCUCGCAACGAAAGUGCAAGUGUGUUGGCGACAAUGGAACGUUGGGGUACGUCAAGCGAAGCGUGCAGCUGUGAAAAGCGAGGAACUACGAUUGAUCCAAGAGGCCAAAGCGCUCGAACGCAAGCUGAUUGCGGCUAAGCGGACGUUGGCUGCUAAACGAAUACAAAGGGCAUUAGUUUCUCGACGAAGAUUGAUCGCUACGACAGGUGUAUCCCACAGAGAGGUAGUAGAGAAAAAAGACGUGGAUGAACCCGAAAAAACGAUCGACAAAGUGGAUGAACAUGAACCGGUAGACCAGCAUCACAAUGAAGAGCCUGCAAGAGAUUUUCAGGAGCCUACGGAGUUUCAGAACGAUGCAAGUGACUAUCAAGAAUCGAUAAAAGAAUCAGAGGAGGAAGUUAUUCGCAGUACUGUGGAGUUGACAGUGGAAGACUGGAGUCACCGACAACUACCUCACAUUUUAUCCCGCAGUGUGAACCAGAUUAUAUUUUGGCAUGAGGCAGCAACUGUGCUCCAAAAGUGCGUUCGAGGAUAUCUGCGACGACAGCGAAUGCAGUUUUACUUGCAACAUUCGUUCUCCAAUUCAAAUGCUGACAACGAGACGAAGAACGAACACUUCCACUUCUACUUCAAGAGAGCUCGUGCCUGGUUGGACUGGAACGUAGUCAAAUCAACAGAAUUCGCAGAAUUAUUACCAGAGACCAACCAGAACACCUCAUUUUCUCGUCUUCGCUUCGACAGGCAAACUACGCGUAAAUUACUGCAACUUUUCGAGCCAAGUGAGGAUUAUUUAGCGUCGGAGAUCCAGCAAGUUUUACAAGAACUCACGAUCGAUGCGUUGCCCAUUUUCAAGUCUCCAGUUUGCUUUGAAGAUAAUACUAACCCGAGGUCGGAACUGCGCUACCACGACGUCAAGCAAAACGAGCUACCUCUAUCUGUCCAGCUACUACAGCAGAUGAAACAACAACGCGCUCAUAUUCGACUUCAACAGAUCUUGGGGAUCGAUACAAAUGCCGAUGAACCCUCAGCGUCAUCUCCAGUACCUGCAUCUCCGACGUCUCCGUCACGAGCGAAGAAGGAAGUUACGCUCUUCACAGCGGUAGAUCACGCAUCGUUAGAAGACGCUACGUUCCUUCAGCAACGAGGAGCAGACCUUGGAGCUCUUGAGCCAAAGACACAACGCAAUGCGCUGCAUCUGUUGUCGUUUUCCAGGGAGAAUCAUCGAUCUCGAGCUGAAGUUCUGGACUUCUUACUAACCUGUGGUACAAACUUAAACGUUAACGCCGUGGACUGCAACGGCGAUACACCGUUGAUGUUGUACGCGUCACUAGGCCACCUUGAAUUCAUGCAAAAGCUACUACAACAUGGAGCUGACAUACAAAUGACCAACAAUCAAGGCCAGAACGUCUUACAUCGUGCGUGUGAAGAAGAUCAAGUGGAGGUCUGUGGAUUCUUACAGCAAUUGAUGCUGAAAGAUUCCAUCGCGGAGGAUAUUUUACCCGUUGGAACGAUAAAUUCUCUAGUCCCAUCAGCACUAAAUCUCCAUUCCCCAAAUAUUUCAGGGCGAUAUCCACUGCAUUACCUUGCUGAAAAGGGCUUUGUCGAGUGUGCCAAGCAGUUAAUCGUUCCUACUGAAGCGAAUGUCGAGUGGAAUCGCUUGCUUCAAGCUCAAGGCGAUGCAGAAGGUCGAACAGCGCUGCACUUGGCUGUGCUAGCACAUGAUGUAGCCAUGACUGUGUUCCUGUUGACACCUGGAGGAGUAUCAGACGUCAAUGCUUUCGACGAUUUACAUCGAUCUCCAGUGCAUUACGCGGUGGAAUCGCCUGCUGCACUUGCGAUUAUUGCGCGGUUAGUACAACAUGGAGCCAACGUGAAUGUAGCAGACGAAAGAGGUGACACUCCGCUACAUUGGGCCGCGUUUUCAGGACGUGCUGCGGUGAUACAGAACUUACUGGCACUCGGUGCUGAUCCAACAUUGAGUAACAACGACUGGGAGACUCCAGCACAGAUCGCUGCAGCGUAUGGUCAGCUUGAUUGUAUGCGGCUACUGCUCCAAGCACAGCGGCGGUUUGGAGCUGAACCGAGAGAAGAAGAGCAGAAUUUAAAGCGUCUAGCUAGUGAGAAGACAGCGCUGGAGAGACUGGAGGAAGCCGUGAAUGAACUUCAUCAGAGACAAGCGUCAAUGCACUCGCGUCCUGCUGAUCAAGACGAACUGGAAGCGCCAGUACCUGGAGGGUAUUGGGAGGAACUACAUCAAGACGUGCAGCUUGUAGAAGAGAGCGGACAAUUCUCGUCAGAAGACGAACAGGAUUUUCUCUUGGAUAACUGAUAAAACGUAUGAGGUCAGGGAACUAGUUUGUGUCGCCUUACCUAGUAGGAAGCAGCCAAAGCCGAGCAAAUUGCUGGGUUUUGGGUGGUUCUCCUAAGAGUUUUGAGUUGUAACGUGCUUAAUUCAUUGUUGCACACGUUGAAUUGCACACUGAAUGGUGUUCUUGAGUAGCAUGGCUACAGUCAUGGGGCCAACGCCUCCAGGCACAGGAGUGAUGGC